AUGAAAGAAACUUCGACCUCCAACGACUACUCCAAACGUUUCAAGCUUGACAAGCUCACGUCGGAUGUCUUUGGGCCAGAGAACCCACCCAAGGAUUGGGCAGAUGCUUCUCUACUAGUCCCUCAUGAAGCUCUUCGAAUGGAAAUGAAUUGCAUGAUCCAGUCAGUCGACAAACUUUCCGAACUCACAAAGUCGAAUACUAUGCAAUCAUGGCAAGUGGUCUACUUUUGCGAAUGGUAUCUCGAUGUCUUUGCACCCUUUUGCCAUGAACAUCAUGACGUCGAAGAGAAAAUCUAUUUUCCUUGGCUUCAAACUCGAGCCGACAUUCCAAAAAAGGAGCUUUCCAAGGAGCAUGAAGAAAUAGUAGAAAUAUUGGAUGAACUGACUUCAAUUUGCAAGAAAAUAAUAUGCAAAACAGGAUACGAUUGCAAGGACGAAGUAGAAGAAAUGAGAACAAAAACUAAUGUCUUUGUUUUGAAUAUGAGAGAACACAUGGCGGAAGAAGAAAGAGACAUUCCUCCACUGGCCAAGAAAGUCUUCACUGAAGCAGAAGAAAAGAAGAUUCUCAAUAAGAUUAUCCGGCGUUCCAAGCCAACCACUACCCGAAAAUUCUCUCCAUCGAUACUGAUAUCGGUGUCUGAGUGGAGCACCCCCGAGUAUUAUCUAGAAUUCCGAAAAGAAAUCCCUGGUCCUGUCUUGCACGUCAUGGAAAAGUAUUACCGACCAGACUUUGAAACAAGCAUCAAGCCAAAGCGGGAUGCUCCGUUCUUGCAAGAAGAGCCGAUUCUAUCUAGGCGAAAAUGUUUUGGUUUGCCGUUUGGUCCCUCCUGCAUAUGCUAA